CCCAGUUCCAAUAUCUCAUCCUUCCUAUCCCUUAACAACAAGACAUGGAUUCCCUUUCUUCUUCUUCCGAGGAAAGAGAGAGUUUAAUUAGUUACAGAAGGGUGGCCUCCGAGGUGUUUGCAAGAGCGAUUGGUAUCACUCUCACUUUUGUCGUCGUACUCGUUGGAUCAAUUGCAGGGGCCAUCACCGGAGCUCUGACAGGCUUUGCCGGCUCUGAGAGUGGUCUUGUGCGAAGCUCUGGAAUUGGAGCCAUUUCAGGUGCUGUCUUCUCCAUUGAAGUGGUCCAAUCCUCUCUUGACUUGUGGAACUCCAGGGAAUCAGGCAUUUGGACCUUUCUCUAUCUGCUCGACAUAGUCUCUAGCCUCGCGAGAGGAAGACUAGUUACGGAAAAGGUUGGACCAGCAGUGCGGAGUGCAAUCCAGAGUCAUACAAGAGCUCUGAGUUUCGAUAGUCUCGAUUUGUUUGAGUCUGGUGGCACAAUAAUGGGCUUGUCUCUCGAAGAGGUUGAGAAGUUGCCCAAGUGUAAAACUAGUGCCAAAGACAGUGUCGAUGCAUCAGGGGAGAAGAUUAGUUGCUCAGUGUGUCUGCAGGAACUGGAAGUGGGAGAAUUGGCUAGGAGAUUGCCAAGAUGUCAACACAUGUUCCAUCUGCCAUGCAUCGACAGUUGGCUCAUAAGGCAUGCCUCUUGUCCCUUGUGCAGAAGGGAUAUUGGAAGGUUUUGAUGUCGCUGAAACUAUUAUCUUUUUUUUUUCUUGAAAAAAUUGGAAAAAAGGUAUGUUCAGUUUUUUGUUUUUUCUAGAUUCUUGUGUUCUCGAAAGAAAGAAAGAAAGAAAGAAAGAAAGAAAAAUUCCUUUGGAAAGUGAAAUGUAAGUUUGAAGCUCGAGCAACAGCAGUACCAGCCCUGAAUUGUUAAAUAGAAUGCUU